AUGACGAUCUCCACAAACCGUCAGUUCUUGUCGAACAUGCUUUGGCAGCUCUUCGGCUUUUUGAUAUUAGGCGGUUUCAUCGCCAUUUGUUCUUGCGAACCCGUAAACAGAAAGCUUCUACAGAAAGCUUCGGGGACAAUCGAGUGCAUCAAUGAUGAAAAUAAUACGUGCGGAACCAAUGAGGCGGUCGAAGCUUCCUCGUCCGAUCGUAAAAAUCAAACACGGACUAGCAGAGAACUUACGUUUAGUCAAUUUUUCUUAGAUGACAAUGAUGUAGCUGAAGUUUCUGCUCGGAAGAAGAAAAGAGGCGGCAGAAUAUUAUUAUAUUUCUUUGCAGCUAUGAAAGCAGCAUUGAUUUAUGGGUUGUUACACGGAGUUGCAGCUCUCGCAGGAAAAGCAGUAUUGGUUGCCAAAAUAGCUUUAGCAAUUGCUAUUGCUGCAAUUCUGAAAAAGAAUGGUACGUAGUAUGAUCAUGAAAGUGUGUCUUAUGAAGUAGUAAAACAUCCACAUAUUAGCUCUAUACAAACCCAUAGCUCAAGCGUUGAUUACGAUCACCGUAGUGAUUACGGAGAAGAACGUAAUGAUUAUGUCUAUGACCAUCGAAAGCGACGACGAAUUCUUUGAUGAAAAUAGAUUUCAUAU